UGGCACAGAACUCCCACAACCCAGGAAACGGAUGGCUUCCAGGUGAAAAGACCCGGUGAUGUCAGCGUGCGGUGCACGUUGCUCCUCAUGUUGGACUACCAGCCUCCACAGUUUAAGCUGGACCCGCGGUUAGCCCGUUUGCUGGGGAUCCACACACAGACCCGAUCGGCCAUCAUCCAGGCUCUCUGGCAGUACAUCAAAACAAACAAGCUGCAAGACUCCCAUGAUAAGGAAUACAUUAACUGCGACAAGUACUUCCAACAGAUCUUUGACUGCCCACGGCUAAAGUUUUCUGAAAUUCCUCAGAGACUCACUAACCUGCUGCUGCCACCAGACCCUAUAGUGAUAAACCACAUCAUCAGUGUUGAUCCCAACGAUCAGAAGAAGACGGCUUGUUAUGACAUAGAUGUAGAAGUUGAAGACCCAUUAAAGGGACAGAUGAGUAGUUUUCUUCUCUCAACAGCUAACCAACAGGAGAUUACAGCAUUGGACAACAAGAUUCACGAGACAAUCGAGUCCAUAAAUCAGUUAAAAAUACAACGUGAUUUCAUGCUGAGUUUCUCCAAAGAUCCCAAAGGAUACAUCCAAGACCUUCUCCGGUCCCAAAGUAGGGAUCUUAAGGUGAUGACUGAUGUAGUUGGAAACCCAGAGGAAGAACGCAGAGCUGAAUUUUAUCACGAGCCAUGGUCUCAAGAGGCUGUGAGCAGAUAUUUCUACUGCAAGAUCCAGCAGCGCCGGCAGGAACUGGAACAAUCUCUAGGAGUGCGCAACACAUAAGUACUGCUCAGAAGAUCCCAUUGGCAUCAUGACCACCAACCAGUGGACUUUUCAGUGUUACUUAGCUCACUGUUACACAUGGACCUGCUUCCUGACAGGAUGAGAAUGUGCCGUCAACGCACCAGUCAGAACACCAGCUUUAGAGUGACCCUUGAAAAUCUUGCCCAUGGGGGGUGUCUCAAGCCAUUCCAGGCCAGAGACAGCGCCGUGCAAAUGUCAGUGUUAAAGAAGAUUAAAGGUCAUUCAUCAAAGCACAUCACUAAGUUUUAGUGGAAAGUUCAGACACCAUACAGCAAAUCCUGAUGGGCUAUGCGUAGAAUCUUGGGUGGCAUUGAUGGGGAAGGUUGGGAUGGGUGUUACAGGAGACUACAGAUUUAGAGAAAUAAACACAGUUCUCAUCCUAUGUUACCUAAGAGUCUCAAAUAGUAACUUCUCUGGAAUU